AUGUUGAGGACCAUCGGGUCACGUGGCAGAGUUUUUGGGCUUUGUUCAUCUUCCAGAUACAAUACUGCUCUGAUAAUAGUUUCCUCGAAGCAACCGUCAUACAUUGUCCCGUUGUUCUGUAACGUUUGGCCGUCGUAUCUGCGCUCUCCGAUCUCAGAUCGCAUUCAAUUCGACACUAGAAACGAUUUCCUUGCUUCAAAAAUUAAGUGGAAAAGAUGGUAUAUUGACAUUGGUGGCAUGAUUCUCCCCUUGGAAAUUACAAUUUCUGGUAAUCUUAGAUCUGCUGAUGUAGCUUAUGCUUCAUGUGUUGUUUUUGUCUAUCUUGAUUUAGCUACUCGGGGUGAUGAGAGGAUGAGAUGGGUUUGGACAGAGGUUGUCCUUGCUGCAUCCAUUGUGAGCAAAUCUGGCAAAGUGCUAGUUUCUAGACAGUUUGUGGACAUGACUCGCAUAAGAAUUGAGGGUCUUCUAGCAGCAUUUCCCAAGUUGGUUGGGACUGGGAAACAACACACAUACGUUGAGACUGAGAAUGUGCGUUAUGUUUACCAGCCAAUAGAAGCACUGUACCUGCUUCUUGUAACAAACAAAAACAGUAACAUACUGGAAGAUUUGGAAACUCUGAGACUUCUCUCUAAACUUGUACCUGAAUAUUCUUACUCUCUUGAUGAAGAGGGUAUUUGCAAACAUGCCUUUGAGUUGAUUUUUGCAUUUGAUGAAGUCAUCUCUCUUGGGCACAAGGAAAAUGUGACUGUUGCACAAGUGAAGCAAUACUGUGAGAUGGAGAGUCAUGAAGAGAAGCUGCACAAGUUGGUUUUGCAGAGCAAGAUUAAUGAAACUAAGGAUGUUAUGAAGCGAAAAGCUAGUGAGAUUGAUAAAAGCAAGAUUGAAAAGAACAGAGGUGAAAAGGGAGGGUUUGGUCCAUUGCAGUCUAUGGGCUCUGGAAGAAUUGAAAAUAGCUUUAGUGAUUUGAGUAUAUCUAGCAGUGGAACUGGUUUUGGAAGCGGCUCUGGUUUUGGAUUGUCUUCUGAUGUUGAUUCCUUUUCAACCAAGCCUAAAGGUCGUCCCACUUCAUCAGCCACAGCUCCACCAAAAGGUCUUGGAAUGAAGCUUGGGAAAUCUCAAAGGACAAAUCAGUUUUUGGAAUCAUUGAAAGCAGAAGGUGAGGUCAUUCUUGAAGAUGUUCAGCCAAAACUCUCCCAGUCUCGUGCUGCUGCCCUGCCACCUACUGAUCCCAUCACUUUGACUGUUGAGGAGAAACUGAAUGUGACACUGAAACGAGAUGGUGGUGUCAGUAAUUUUGAUGUUCAAGGCACAUUGUCUCUACAAAUUCUUAACCAAGAGGAUGGACAUAUUCAAGUACAGGUCCAAACUGGUGACAAUCAGGCUGUCUCUUUCAAGACACACCCUAACAUGAAUAAAGAAUUAUUUGCCAAUGAUUGCAUACUAGGCCUAAAGGAUCCCAACAGGCCUUUCCCCACUGGUCAAGCCAGUGAUGCUGGAGGUGUUGGUCUUUUGAAGUGGAGAAUGCAAAGUAGUGAUGAGUCAAUGGUGCCGCUGACAAUCAACUGCUGGCCCUCCUCUUCUGGAAAUGAAACUUAUGUCAGCAUUGAAUAUGAGGCUUCAUCAAUAUUUGAUUUGCGGAAUGUUGUGAUCUCUGUACCUCUUCCAGCUCUCCGUGAAGCACCUUCUGUUAGACAGAUUGAUGGGGAAUGGAGGUAUGACUCCAGGAAUUCCUUUUUGGAGUGGUCUGUCCUUCUAAUUGAUAAUUCCAACCGCAGUGGGUCCAUGGAGUUUGUUGUUCCACUAGCAGAUUCAUCGGCAUUUUUUCCCAUUUCGGUCCGAUUUAUGGCAACUGAUACUUUUAGUGAUCUCAAGGUCACCAACAUUAUACCAUUAAACGGUGGUAAUCCUCCCAAAUUUGCUCAGAGAACACAGUUGAUAACAGAUAACUACCAAGUUGUGUGA